CUGAAAUAUACUUUAAAAGUUAUUUCUGCAAAAUGUGCCCUAUCAUCAAAUUCAUAAAGAGCCUUUUGCUUCCUUCGGGUAGACGAACGAUUGUUUUUUUUUUUUAGUGUGUAUGCUAUUAGUAGCAGAUGACCUUUACAGCGUCACCAGAUUUGAACUAACAGGACCGAGUGAUAAAUAAGGAAGAUGAGGUGAACCAGAGAUACAGUAUGAAAGAAAGUGAACUAGAUAUAAACUUGUCAGUGUCUUAAUUCAUUCUUAUCUUCCUUUCGUGAACUACUCAAGUCUCAUGUAAAUAAACAAAAGUUCUUUUCUUACAUAUUCGUAGUUGCAUUUACUUAAUACUUAUUUUCUGAUAGAGGUCGAUAAAAGUAGAUUUACCACCUCGAGAGCAACAAUAUUUUUAAAUUGUUAUUUGCUCCCUUAGUAAACAAUCUACUAUUAACACACACGUUGUUGUUAUUUUCUAAUUAUUAUACUGUUAGAACAAGAAAUUCUAAAGUAACGAAACUAACUCUUAAAACCUUUAUAAUUAUACCAACUAAACCUGAAAAUAUGGCCAAUAACAAUAUAUACAUUUAUAUAUAAACAUACAUACAUACAUACAGUAAAAUUAAACACAUAAAAAAAUACUCACAACAUAUUUAACAGUUUUGUCAACCGAUGUGUAGGUACUAAUAAAGUUUGUAUGUGCUAUGUCACUUGUUUUCUUUGCUUGAAAACAACAAAUUCUUAAAGUAUCGGUGAUACCUACUCAUGGCAUUCAGAAUUCCAAGAUGUCAAUCAUUUUUUGUAAAGAUAUGAUAUUAGUUACAUAGCAGUUAAAACAAUUUGGCAUUUGAUUUACGACUGGCGGGAAAUGAUUUCACAUAGAAGGAAUUUAUCUUUUGUCAUAUUUUAAUUUAACAGUGGGCGUUACUGUAACUUCAUGUUUUAAAGUAACUUUGGGAAUGUUCGCUUCAGUUGUCGUUAUAAUUUGAAACGGAACAGGUAAAAAGUGAAAAAGCUUUACAGUGAUAUUUCAUAAUUUAUUUGAUUUGACUUCAUUACAGCGACGCAAUUUGUUUCUUUCAAGGUUUUUGAAAUGGAGUUUAAAGGAAGCCGUGUAAAGCAAUAAGUAUUCCCUACCAAAUUGUAAACUUGUAACUUCAAAAUGAGUGACAUGAGUAAUAUUACUCAAAAUGUGUCGACGACAGCUGACCCGACACGAAUUUUUGGACCACAUAGAGAUCCCCUCUAUAUCGUCUUACCCAUUACUAUAAUUUAUUCUGUGAUAUUCGUCACAGGAUUAAUUGGCAACAUGCUGACAUGUCUAGUCAUUAUACGCAAUAAAAGUAUGCAGACAGCGACAAAUUAUUACUUAUUUAGCCUAGCAAUAUCAGAUUUACUCUUAUUAGUGAGCGGAAUGCCGCAAGAAAUAUAUUCUAUUUGGUCGAAAUGGCCGUACGUUUUCGGACCAGCAUUUUGCCUCCUCCGGGGCUUGGCAUCAGAAACGUCAACGAACGCUAGCGUGUUGACCAUAACACUGUUCACCGUGGAGAGAUAUUUGGCAAUAUGUCAUCCCUUUGUGUCCCAUAAAAUGUCGAAGCUGUCGAGAGCCACAAAACACGUAUUUAUUCUAUGGGUGAUUUCUUUAGCACUGGCACUACCACAAGCAUUACAAUUCGGCAUUGGAAACUUCAGUGGUGUAACAAUGUGUCUACAAACACGAGUGAUUAUACAACACUCAUUUGAGAUAUCAACAUUCCUUUUUUUCUUUACUCCAAUGAUACUGAUAACUGUCCUUUAUGCGCUAAUCGGAGUAAAAUUAAAGCAAACAAGAAUAAAUAAGGAAGUUCAAGACCCGGAGUUGUUUGAGAAAGGGUUAUGUUGCCCACAUUCGAAUAAAAUACGCAAAAGACCUAAUAAAUCUACUAGAAGAGUAGUGAAAAUGUUGGUGGCUGUAGUAGUAGCAUUCUUCGUUUGCUGGGCGCCGUUCCAUGCACAGCGCCUGGUGGCUAUAUAUGGAACCACGGCGAUGCACCAAGCACGCCAGCCAAUAAUGGCCAAAAUCUAUAACUUCCUCACCUACAUCUCGGGGGUAUUUUACUACCUAUCUUCGUGUAUCAAUCCAAUUCUAUAUCAGAUAAUGUCCAACAAAUUUAGAGAGGCGUUCAAACAUACUUUCAAGCAGUGUUGCUGCGGGUUUAUCAAAGAAGCUGAUACUAGACAAUGCUUAUACAAUGCUGUGACACGGAGCCAAACAUCUAAUGGAAAAGAUAAUUCUAUGAAGAAAUGUGACUCAAAUCAUCUGAGCGAAAGAAAACAAAGUGACCGAGAUACAAAGAGUAGCCUGGAUUCAAGGUACCUCAUUUGUGACGCAUGCAAGAAAAUUAAUAAGCAACACAGCACUGACAAGACCAAUGGCAAUAACAAUAGAACUGAUCACGGCCUUGCGUGUUCUAAACAACACUCUGAAGAGUUCAACAGUAUACCACCUGCCACACCUUGCCAUAUUUUUACUUAACUUAAGCGCAAAACUGAUGACAAUCCCCGACAGACGUUGGGGAAAAAUGUAUGCAAUAGAGAUAAUUAUUUGCACUUUUAAUACCGAAUAAAUUGAUUCCUGACCCACUUGCCCGAUAAUUUGCAUUAAAAUGACAAAACUGACAAGUUUUCUUUUGUAUAGAAUGCAUAGAUGCAUUUAGGACCUUCUAAUAACAAGGAAACUUUAUUAAUGUUGUUAAAAGAUAUUAGAAAGUUGACCUUUGUUUUAGAUCAUCUUUUAGAAGAAUUCGAAUUGUAGUUUGAAUUUGGAAAUAACUAUAAUUUUCGUGUAGACCUACCCGUCCCUUAUUUCGAGGAACAAACGAAGCCUGGGAGUCUUAUCAUACUAGAAACUCUAUUUUUAUUGGUUUUUAAAUUUUAUUUGUUAAAAGCGCUGCAAGGUUUUUUGCAUUGCAGCAUCUUCAUUUCUAAUGACGUGUCUAUAUAUAUAUAUUUAAUCUGAGAGUCUUAGCGUACUAGGUUUAGUGUCGUGGGCUUUCGAUCUAUUUGUUUCCAGAGAUACGUACCAAGCAUUCUACAUUCAAGCGAAAGUCUACCUUAAUGUUUUGUGAUGGUAGUAAGAAAAUAAGAUUAUGGUGGGUCAUAAAUCAUAUUGCUGAUAGUAUAUUAACUUUAUAUUAUUACAAUGUUCAUCCCUUUAAAUAAGUUAAUACUAAUGUAUUAAACUAAAACUUGAGGAUGAAAUUCUUCACCGUGAUUAGUUUUUUUUUAAAGAUUUUACUAUUAGUCUAUUCUCUUAGUUUAUUAAAUUAUAACAAGUGUAACAACAACUAGCCACCAAAUAUUGAUGCAAUGAAAAAAUUGUACUUAUUGGCAUUUUAUAUAGCGAUCUAAUAAUUCUAUUACGUUGACUAUAACAGUUAAGGUGUAUGCAAUAAAAUAAUUUUAAAUUUGAAACAAUGUCAGCAUAAACCUACGUAAAUGUUGUUUAAUACUAUGUAGGAAUUUUAAAUAAGGUUAAAGUUUAAGUUAACACUUAAUUUAUAAUAAAAUCCCUAUAUAUAGAAAAUAUGAAGGACUGAUAAUGUUAUUCCAUGAAUAUUCUUAUAUUGACAGAAUCUACGCAUAAUUUACCAUUAUCUCAGAGAUAACAGAAAUAAGAAACGAAAAAAGAGUUACUUAUUUACUUAAAUUUAAUGAAAUGUAACUACCUCAGUUACAUUCAAAUUGUAAUUUUCAAUCUAAGUUGAUAUCGACAGUGGAAAGGCAAAAUAGCUUAUACGCUACUUUGGUCGAAAAUGUGUUAUAUAUUUAUUAUAUAUCAUUUGAAUCAAUUUUUUUCUGCGUCGAUCUGUUUAUGUUUCGUUAAAAUUUUAGUACUUUUUUGGCGUUUAAGCAAAUUUUUGGAGAUUUUUAUUAUUCACAACGCUGAAGCCAUAAAUUUUGGUGUUUUUUGAAUCAAUGGCGCUUAUGCCCUAUUUACUACUUGGCGUAUGAUUUGAUGUUAGCUUGACAAAAACUACAUGGCGGGCAGAUUGAUUUUCGCUUUAAGCGACAUCUAAUUUGUAAAGUAAAGGCACUAUGUAACUUUUUAAUAAGUGAAUAUUUAGUUAUAAAUAUUUUUAUAUGAAUACAUUUUUAUUUAAUGGUGCUACUGUUCAUUUAGAACGAGUCAUGAUUUUUUUUGUGAAAAUUAAAAACAUCAAGUUUUUUCAACAUCAAUUCAACUAACCCCGUUUCUGUAAAGUUACUAAAUUGGCGUUUAUGCGAUUUUGCUUUUCCCCUGUCGAUAUAUUUUAAUACUAUAAGCAAUAACAAAUGGGCAUGCUCUCAUACAACCGUUUUAUGAAUUAUUAAAUAGCCCAAUUAAAGGUUGCGUCACACAUAUUAUAUUAUAUAUCAAAUCAAAUCAAAAAUUAUUUAUUCAGUCUAGGCUUUUACAAGCACUAGUGAAAGUCGAGAAGCUACGCCAUCGGUUCGCAAAACUACCUUGAGAGACCUUUCUCCCGCCGUAGUUUAGUACAAGGAUACUGAGAAGAACCAACAAGAAGUUCAGCAAAUGCUGUUUUUUUCUCCCAGUAUUAUAAUAUCCAAAGUCGUCAAAAAAAAAUACUUUAGGGAUAAUUCUGAAGUCACCUUCCAUUACAUAAAAAAAUAGGUAGGUAUGUAGAUUGUAACAGGUAUGAAUACCGCAAAGUUUCCAUAGGAAGUAUGGUAGCAGUGCCAUAUAUUUAUAUUAACUACGCAGGAAAAUUAUUAAAGUUCCAUGUGGCGCAUGUUAUGUUUUCUCGUGGUCCAACCAUGGAAACCACAGAUUGCAUUAGCAACAGUAGCAAGCUUUGUAUUGUUCGCAGUUCCUAGCCCUUUCAAAUUUAGCUUUAGGUUGUAAAUAUAUAAGGCUAUGUCUACAUUAUAGAUGCCAAGCUAAGAGACCAGCUAGAAGCUUCAUGCAAAUUACCUAUCUAGGCGCGUAGCAUGCAGAGUGUCCCAAUGCAAUAUCUUCUGUUUACUAAAAUUAGUGUGUAGCUCGGCUCUUAGUGCUAAGACCUAUCUUAAUAAAUUCGGAUAUUCGUAAACUUGAAGAAGUACGUAUAUGUAUAAAAAGUGAGCUCAUAUGAUUAAGCGAACUUUAUUAAACAUUGACUGUGAAUAAGAAAUACAUUCCUUAUCAU